AUGUAUUCUCAUCAACCUGCUGCGCCGGGUCAGCCAGCGACGCGAGAAGCAGCUCUCAACGGCCCCCUUGAUCGCAGGAUGGGAACCACCGACAAGUCACUAACCUGCACCACGUGCCACGAGCCGCUGCAGACUUGCGCAGGUCACUUCGGCUACCUGAAGCUCACCCUCCCUGUGUUCCAUCAGGGAUACUUCAAAGCUAUCAUCACCAUCCUGUCGUGUAUCUGCAAGUCUUGUUCGCGGGUGCUCCUCGACCCGGACAACUACAGCUCAGCGCUGUCCUUCAUGAGGAGGGUACAAGAUGAUCACUUGCGGAGAGCGGCGAAGCUCCGAGCGAUCACGGAAGAAUGCAAGAAGAUCAGCGUCUGCCCGCGCUGUGGGGCCUGCAACGGUCCGAUCAAGAAGAUUCCUGCCGGAGGCAGCCGAUACCUGAUGCUGAUCCACGACAAAUUUGCUAAGCAUGAGGAACAGAAGCUAGAAUUCCAUUCCAUGUUGGCGGCCGAGGACAAAUCCUUCUCCUUGACGAAGCGAAGCCAAGACAUGAAGCAAGCCAUUGGCAAGGCAGCGCAAGAUCUCGAUCCCCUGACAGUCCUUGACAUGUUUCAGCGUAUCCCUGAUGAGGACGUCGAGCACAGCCGCCCAGAGGAGCUCAUCAUCACGCACCUUCCUGUGCCCCCCUGCUGCAUCCGCCCGAGCGUGGCGAUGGGAGUAGGAGCGGGGAGCAACGAGGAUGACUUGACCGUCAUUCUAUCCGAGAUCGUCAAGGCAAGUGAGAGUAUUCAAGAUACCAUGGACAAGGGCGGGUCCAUCGCAAAUAUCAUGGACUGCUGGGGCUUCCUGCAGCUGAAGAUCGCACAUUAUUUCAACAGCGAGCUCCCUGGUGUACAGCAACAGCUCACGAUGAAGUCUUCUGGAAAGAGGAAGAUCAUGCGCGGGUUUGCUCAGAGGCUCAAAGGCAAACAAGGCCGGUUUCGCGGCAACCUCUCAGGGAAGCGAGUGGAUCACUCAGGACGAACAGUUAUCUCUCCUGACCCCAACUUGCACGUCCGCCAAGUUGCCGUCCCAGUGCACAUGGCAAAGAUCCUGACGUACCCCGAGCGAGUGACGAGCCACAACCUAGUUCGGCUCAAGAAGGCCAUAGACAACGGGCCGGACAUCUGGCCCGGGGCUACGCACAUUCUCUUGCAAGGGAACAGCAAUGACCGCAAGGACUUGAGGUAUUAUCCCAAGAAGAUCGCGAAGAACGAGCUGCGGAUUGGCGACAUCGUUGAACGACACCUCAUAGACGACGAUGUCGUCCUUUUCAACCGCCAGCCGUCCUUGCAUCGUAUCAGCAUCAUGGCACACAGAGCCAAAGUGCUCAAGUGGAGAACUCUACGAUUCAACGAGUGUGUUUGCAACCCCUACAACGCAGACUUCGAUGGAGACGAGAUGAACUUGCACGUCCCGCAGACGGAGGAGGCUCGUGCUGAGGCGAUCGAGUUGAUGGGAGUGGUCAACAACCUCUGCACGCCCAAGGACGGCUCGAUCAUGAUCGCAGCUACUCAAGACUUCUUGACGGGCUCAUACCUCAUCUCCAGGAAGAACACCUUCUUUCACGAGGCUCAGAUGUGGUACUACUGCUCCUUCACCUGUGACGCCAAAGAAGACUUCGAGCUGGAGCCCCCGGCCAUCAUCAAACCGAUGAGGCUGUGGACGGGCAAGCAGCUGCUCAGCAUGCUCCUCAAGCCCCGCAAGAACACCCGGUCCCUGGAGACAGACGUGGAGGUGCUGGUGAACACUGAGCUGGGAGAGUCUCAGUACGAGAAGAAGUCGGACAACGACAUCGACAAGGGGCGGUACAUGUGCCCUCAUGACAACUACGUCUGCUUCCGUAACAGCGAGCUCAUGUGCGGUAACCUCGGCAAGUCGACACUCGGUGCGGGGAACAAGAACAGUCUGUUCUACACCCUCCUGCGGGACUGCGACGCUGAGACGGCAGCUGAUCGCAUGACGAAGCUGGCGAAGCUCUGCUCGCGCUGGAUGGGACUGCACGGCUUCACGUUCGGGAUCGAGGACGUCAUGCCGACUGAGCCGAUCAAGAAGGCGAAGGCGGAGGCGAUGCAGAAGGUGAAGGAUAAGUGCGACAAGCUCAUCGCCGACUACAGGGCUGGCAAGCUCCAGCGAGUGCCAGGAUGUGACCUGGAGCUCUCGCUGGAGCAGAUGGUGGGGAAGGAGCUGGACGACGUCAGGAACCUUGUGGCGUCGGCGGCGAAGAAGGAGCUACACUAUGACAACAAGGUGCUGGUGAUGGCCCUGUGCAAGUCCAAGGGCUCCAACGACAACAUCUCACAGAUGAUCGGGUGCCUCGGGCAGCAGAAGCUCGGAGGCUCGAGAAUUCCCAACGGCUUCAUAGGGAGGACGCUGCCGCACUUUGAGAUGUACGCCAAGGAGCCUGCAGCCAAGGGUUUCGUUGAGAACUCCUUCUUCACCGGGCUGAACCCCACAGAGUUCUUCAUGCACACCAUGACGGGGAGAGAGGGUCUGGUGGACACGGCGGUGAAGACAGCAGAGUGCGGGUACAUGGCCCGAAGGCUCAUGAAGUCGCUGGAGGACCUUUCCAUCCACUAUGACAGCACCGUAAGGAACUCGCACGGGUGCAUCGUGCAGUUCAGGUACGGAGACGACGGGCUUGACCCGAUGCUGAUGGAGGACGACGACGGGAAGCCGAUCAACAUGAAGAGGAUGAUCCAGCGAUCCUGCGCGCUGCUCGGCUGCUACGGGGACGAGGAGCGAUCGCCCGCCAACUUCACUCUGAUGACGGAGGAGCAGCUCAAGCACUUCCUCGACGAGAUCAUUUGCCGCUACCGCCGAGCCGUGGCGGAGCCUGGCAGCGCUGUGGGGGCGCUGGGGGCCCAGAGCAUUGGGGAGCCCGGAACGCAGAUGACGCUCAAGACGUUUCACUUUGCCGGGAUCGCGUCUAUGAACGUGACGUUAGGAGUUCCGAGGAUCAAGGAGAUCAUAAACGCGUCCAAGAUCAUCUCGACCCCCGUGGUUGAGGUGCCACUGCAGCUCGACCGGGACGAGAUCAACGCACGGAUCAUCAAGGGGAGGAUCGAAAGGACGACACUCGGGCAGGUGGCCAAGUACAUCAAGCAGGUGUUCGCUCCGAGCCGCUGCUACGUCGUCGUCAAGCUGGACAUGCAGUGCGUGCAGGACCUGCAGCUGAACCUCUCUGCCUCCACGGUGAAGAAGGCGAUCUUGUCAGACCCGAAGCUCAAGGUGAAGGAGCAGCACAUCAGCAGCAAGGGGACCGACAAGCUCCUCAUCCAUCCCCCCCACGACGGGCGAUCCAAGGAGUCGCUCCACUUCAUGCUCAUCAACCUCGCCAGCCAGCUCCGAAACGUCAUCGUCUGCGGGAUCCCCACCAUCCGGCGAGCUGUGAUACAGAGCACAGAGGUGAAGGGAGGAGGGAACAGCUACCAGCUCCUUGUGGAGGGAACAGGGCUGCAAGAGGUGAUGGCGACGAGCGGAGUCAAGGGCGCGUCGGCAAAGACGAAUCAUGUGAUGGAGAUGCAGACGGUGAGGGAGAGGAGGAGGGAGAAGGGGAGGAGGGAGAGGAGGGGAGAAGUUCUGGGCAUCACACGGUUCGGGUUAGCCAAGAUGAAGGAGUCAGUGAUGAUGCUUGCGUCCUUUGAGAAGACGGUGGAUCACCUCUAUGACGCUGCCAUCCACGGUCGAUCGGAUCAGAUUAGCGGAGUGAGCGAGUGCAUCAUCAUGGGGACACCCGUCCAGAUCGGGACAGGAUCCUUCAAGGUGCUGCAUCAGACGGACCCGCAGGACGCGGUCAGGCCGAGGAGGAGGUAA